UCCAAAAAAAUAUGAAAAAAAAAUCAUCCAUUUGUCAUCCUCUAUUUCCAAAACAACCCAUGAAAAAAGUUGUUAAGGGGCAAUCCAUUAUAGUUAAGGGGUCAAAAUGGGUCACUUUAAAAAUGCAGAAUUCCAUUCACUGGUUUAAAAGAGCGGGUCGAAUAGAACAAACACGGGUGAACAAAAUCAAAUCGAUUCGACUUAAGGUCAAUGAAGUAACUGAUUGUUUCAGAAUUAUUUGUCAAGAGGCUAUGCAUUUUUUCAGAUUAUAUAUAUUCCUACGAAGAAUAGAGCACAAACAUGGCUUCUAACUUAACAACUUACUCAAUGCUCACAUUUCUUUCCCGCCAAUUUUCGAUUUUUAGCUCUCCAUAUUCCUCAACUACCCAACAAUUCUUGAUCCCCACCAAGAAAACAUGCAUACAUCUACUAAAAAACUGCAAAUCCAUGAACCAAAUGAAGCAAAUCCAGACCCAAAUAUUCGUUCUUGGUCUUGCUCAAAAUGUGGAUGCUAUUAAGAAGAUCAUGGCUUUCGCAGCAGACCCAUCCGUUGGAAACUUAUGUUACGCUCAAAGAAUAUUUGACCGGAUCGAAACUCCAUCUUUGUUCGCUUACAAUGUGAUGAUCAAAGCGUAUACAAAGAGUGGUGGGUUCAGAAAAGCUCUUUGCUUGUUUGAUCAGAUGAGGGUAGAUGGUAUAGGGCUUGAUAAUUAUACUUACCCGUUUGUGUGCAAGUCGGUUGGGUGUUUAAGAGAAGCUUCGAUUGGUGAGAAGAUUCAUGGGUAUGUUGUGAAAUGUGGGGAUGGGUUUGACUGUUAUGUUUGUAAUUCGGUUAUCGAUAUGUAUGGUGAGUUGGGUCGGAUUGGGGAUGCACGGAAGGUGUUUGAUGAAAUGCCUGAACGAGAUAUAGUUUCGUGGAAUGUGUUAAUUUCGGGGUAUGUUAAGUGUAAGAGGUUUGAGGAUGCUGUCGGUGUUUACUUGCGAAUGAGAGAUGAUAAAACGGUGAGGCCCGAUGAGGCCACGGUUGUAAGCACUCUUUCGGCGUGCAUUGCUUUAAAGAAUUUGGAACUCGGUAAGGAGAUACACCGUUACGUUACGCAUGAACUUGGGUUUACUGCUAUAAUCGGUAACGCAUUGUUAGAUAUGUAUUGUAAAUGUGGAUGUUUAGACAUAGCACGCGAGAUUUUUGAUGGAUUGCCGAAGAAAAAUGUAAUUUGUUGGACAACCAUGGUGUCCGGUUACGUUAACUGUGGGCAGUUAGAGGAUGCUAGAUCGUUGUUCGAUAAAAGUCCUGUUAAGGAUAUUAUUCUCUGGACAGCUAUGAUCAACGGAUACGUGCAGUUUAAUCAAGUGGAUGCUGCAAUGACUUUAUUUCAGCAAAUGCAGAUGUAUAAAAUCAAGCCGGAUAAAUUCACAGUGGUCGCUCUAUUAACGGGCUGCGCACAAGUCGGGGCUUUAGAACAAGGGAAAUGGAUUCAUGAAUAUAUGAACGAACAUAAAAUUACGAUCGAUGCUGUAUGCGGUACUGCGCUUAUUGACAUGUACGCAAAAUGCGGGUGCAUAGAGAAGUCUUUGGAUGUGUUUUAUGGUUUAAACGAAAAGGAUACAGCCUCAUGGACAUCAAUCAUAUGUGCACUUUCUUUAAAUGGAAAACCGGGUAAAGCACUUGAAUUAUUUAAUCAAAUGAAAGAAUCUGGAUUCAAGCCUGAUGAUAUUACUUUCAUCGGUGUUCUAAACGCGUGUAGUCACGGGGGUUUAGUGGAAGAAGGAUGGAUGCAUUUCGAAUCGAUGAAAUCAUUGUAUCAGAUCGAACCAAAAAUAGAACAUUACGGGUGUUUGAUCGAUCUGUUAGGUCGUGCGGGGCUAUUGAAAGAAGCGGAAAAAGUUAUUAACAAAAUCCCAAAAGAAAAGGAUGAUAUUUUAGUUCCGGUUUACGGUGCUUUACUCAGUGCUUGUAGAUUAUAUGGUGAUGUUGAUAUGGGUGAGCAUUUAGCUGACCGAUUAAGUGAAAUUGAAAACGGUGAUUCUAGUAUUCAUACACUUUUGGCGAAUAUUUAUGCUGCUGUUGGGAGAUGGGAAGAUGUGAAGAAAGUAAGAAGUAAAAUGAGAAUAACGGGAGUUAAAAAGGAGCCGGGAUGUAGUUCUAUAGAGGUUAAUGGAAAUAUUCAUGAGUUUUUAGUUGGAGAUGCUUCUCAUCCUGAAAUGAAAGAUGUUUAUUUUAGUUUGAACACACUGGCAAAAGUGUCGUAUGCGCAUGAGAUAUAUGAUGUGGACCUUGAUUAUAUGGUUUCAAUAGAUGUCGAAAGAUAAUUUAUGAAUUCAUGCUUGCUUCUGUUGAUCUGUGUUGCAGUCUUGAUCGGGAAAUUCUUGUCUUUGUGGGAAGGGAUGGGGCCCUAUAGAGUUUGGUAUUGAUCGCAUCGCUACGAUGAUGAUGAGCAUCCAAAUGAGAUGGUGAUGUGUAUUAUUAUUAGUGCUCCAUCAGAUAUCAGAUGAUUUUGGAAACUAAUGAAGAUAGGUUGAACAUUUGCGAGUUUUAUGCACUUGCUAGAGUUGCCGCUAUAUAAAUUUGACUUAGGUUGAUAUAAUGCGGUGGCAGUUUUGACCCAUUUACCAUAAUGGUCGAACGGGUCAAUGGGUUGGGCUAAAGGAUCUAGUUUAAGACUUUUGUCGGUCUUAGUCGUCAUUUCAUCGAGUCAUAUCAAUACCUAUCUCUACAAACUCACCGUAAGACACUUAAUCUUGAUUACCUUAGAACUUUUUUUUGAAUGGCACAGUACCUUAGAACUUACUACGAUUCAUAUGACUAACGAGGAAACCCAAAUUACAUGAGACAAUAACACUUUCUAUUGCUUGAGAGAUUUUUUAUAAUAAA